AUGUCAGCCAUAAUUCCGGAAGUCUUAUUCGAGGGAGAUAUUCUCUCCUUAGAUAAAUUGAAUAUGCUCAGUGUUGUCAACAUGAAUAGGAUACUCGAACAAGAUAUCCUGAAUUGCAAGGAAAUAGACAAAUUUAAACUCAUCAUGAAAUGGGCCGAAAGUGAUAAAAAACGCUUGGAAUAUCUACCCCAGUUAUUGCGAUACAUAACUUUCGAAAGAAUGGACAGCGACGAGAUCAUGAAUUGUUUUAUAAAAAUGAAACCUAUGGAAAAUUUAAGAUUUCUGGUCUCCAAAUUUAUGAGACAAGGGAGCUCGUCGAAAAAAUCUAGUUUAAACGAUGGAAAGGGUAAUUAUAGCGAUACCGUAUUCGAACAAUUCGAUGAACAUUCGAAGGAAAAGGCGGCUUUAUCUAAAGGUUUUGUAAAUGACGAAUUAAGAGAGAGACCCGUAAAAAUUUAUAAAGGUGUAUUUGAUGAAUCCAAAGGGGAAUUCGUUACCAAUACUUCUAAUAAAAAAGGUAGCGGAGAAAAUUCGGAAGUAGAAAAUAAUAGUUCGGGUACAAUGUCAAAAGAAUGGAUUCCUUCCGAAAAGAGUGUUAAGGCAGUAAAUAAUUCUCCGAACAUUUCGAGCUCGGAAUCGAAUCAAGAUACUCACCAACCUCAAAAGGAUCUGAGUUGUCCUAAAUUGGGAAAUCUCCAAUCUUCUUCGGAGAAUAUCGCUUCUUCGAUUUCUAUCCCCUCGGUUCCUAGCCAAGCGGAAGUGCCUUCCGAAUCAGAAGACACAAACAUUUCCGUUAAUAAUUCACUUUCGCCAAAUACCGAUAGCUCCUCUAGUCAUUUAAUAAAAAAGGACGUUUCUCUCGAAGAUAAAAUAAUGGACGGCGAUAAUUCGGUACCCCAAAAUUUGAUUGGUGAUAACUCAGUUACCCAAAAGUUGGGGAGUGAUAGUCAGGUUGUCCAAAAUUUGGGAGGUGAUAAUUCAGUUUCCCUGGGGCCGAUAGUCACUGCACAACCGGAUGAGAAAAAUUUUUUGCCAAAUUUUGAAAAUAACAAAAAUGUAGCUCUCAUUAUUAGCGAAAGCCAAGAAAGAGUCACGAAUUAUAAAAUCUACGAUAACGCUAAAAACUUUUACGGGAAUGAAACAAAGUAUCGCGAAAUCUCUAACGAAAAUUUUCGCUCUCCGCCUGUGCUCGUAAAUCAGACUCCGAUGAAGGGGGCGGACAGUGAAACUUUAAUCGGGAUACCAGUGUAUUUGAGAAACUCGCACUUGGCAAGGGACUAUCAAAUGAUAAUGAAAUUCGAAACUAAUGAGAUGAAAAAAGAUGGUGGAUUUACAGAAAAAUUGAAUCAACCAGGUACUAAGCCAUUUUUCGAAGACGGUAAGUUAAUUUUGGAAUUAACGAAUGAUAACCAAAUUUUGCAGAAAGAGCAUAAAAUGAUCCAUACACCUCCCAUUAACCCACACGCUCAUCAUCACCCUGACCACAACUGCGCGCACCACUCCACAUUUGUUAAUAAUAGUUGUCGUGAUAAUAAUGCGUUAAAUUAUAAUCACUGUGUACCUAAACCGCACUCAAAUAAUAAUAAUGUCGCAAUGUCUUCCUCUCAGAAUAUGAACGUAACCGGGGGAAGAAUUCCGAUGAUUUACAAUAUGACGAGUAUGCCUAAUAGUAUUUAUAAUAACAACUCAUUCGCGCCUAUGAUGGUUAGUGCCAAUCGACAAAUUUUUGAUCCGCAGAAAUACACUGGAUCCGUUUUUAACAACCUUCCGCUUAAUACUUCCGUUCUUAACAACCAGCCGCUUAGUACGUUCACUCUUAACAAUCAGUCGCUUAACACUUCCGUUCUUAGCAACCAGCCGCUCAACACUUCCGUUCUUAACAACCAUCCGCUUAAUACGUUCACUCUUAACAACCAGUCGCUUAACACUUCCGUUCUUAGCAACCAGCCGCUCAACACUUCCGUUUUUAACAACCAACGGCUUAUCACCUCCGUUCUUAACAACCAACCGCUUAAAUAUUUUUGA